AUACCCGAUUUUGGUGCCACUACGCAUAUGACUGCUGAUUCUUCUAUUGUAUUCGAUGUUGUUCCCUACACUGGUUCUGAGCGAGUUGUUGUAGGCAAUGGAAAGAACUAACUCCUAAUCAUGACUGAGGCAGUAGAUCUGUCUUACAACAAAAUUGCGCCAGAAGAAGAAGAUGUAUACACUAAAGAUGGCACACUUGAUUACAAGAACAAUCCUGCUAACAAGAACAUCACAGGAACUUGGAAAGCUUGCCCUUACAUCCUUGGAAACGAAUGUUGUGAACGACUAGCGUAUUACGGAAUGAGCACGAAUCUCUUGCUUUAUUUCAAGAACAACCUUCAUCAACAUAGCGCUACGGCUUCAAGAAACCUCUCAAAUUGGUCAGGAACGUGUUAUAUAACACCACUCAUAGGUGCAUUCAUUGCUGAUGCCUUUCUAGGCCGAUACUGGACCAUUGCUAUCUUCUCUAUCAUCUAUGUCAUUGGAAUGACACUAUUAACGUUAUCAGCAACGGUUUCGGGUCUAAAGCCAACUUGUGUAUCAAAAACGCCUUGUCAUGCGACAGACACUCAAUUGACAGUAACCUUUUUGGCACUCUAUAUAGUGGCUCUAGGAACAGGAGGUAUUAAACCAUGUGUGUCAUCAUAUGGUGCGGACCAGUUUGAUGAUGCAGAUGAAAAGGAGAAGAAGCAAAAGGCUUCUUUCUUUAACUGGUUCUACUUCUCCAUCAAUAUCGGCGCGUUGAUCGCGUCCUCAGUUCUUGUUUGGAUCCAAGAUAACAAAGGUUGGGGGUGGGGGUUUGGGAUCCCCGCGGUGGCCAUGGCAAUUGCUGUUGGCUUAUUUUUUUCCGGUACUCGUUUGUACCGGAACCAGAAGCCAGGUGGAAGCCCGUUGACCCGCAUAUGUCAGGUCAUCGUGGCUUCCUGGAAUAAACGUCAAGUUAAUUUGCCUGCGGACAAGUCUGCUUUGUAUGAAAUCGCAGACAAUGAGUCUGCAAUAGUAGGAAGCCGCAAGGUUGAACACACCAAAGAUUUCAGUUUCUUGGACAAGGCGGCCGUGCAAACCGAUGCAGACCGCAGAGAGGAAUCGGUUGAUCCGUGGAAGCUUUGUACGGUGACCCAAGUGGAAGAGUUUAAGUCUAUUAUCAAACUACUUCCUAUAUGGGCCACAGGGAUCAUUUUUGCCACGGUUUAUGGUCAAAUAAGCAACUUAUUCGUGCUCCAAGGCUCGUACAUGGACAUAUUCCUAAACGACUUCAAAAUCCCGCCAGCGGCCCUAAGCAUUUUCGACACUCUAAGUGUCAUUUUCUGGGUCCCGGUCUAUGACCGGAUCCUGGUACCUGUUGCCCGUAAAUACACGGGCAACAAGUCAGGAAUAACCCAACUCCAAAGAAUGGGAACAGGCCUAGUGAUCUCGAUUUUCGCAAUGUUGGUAGCAGGGAUUCUAGAAGUGGUUAGACUUGGGAUUGUUAAAAGAAACAAUUAUUAUGAUUACGCGAAUAUGCCCAUGUCGAUCUUUUGGCAAGUCCCGCAAUACUUCUUGAUCGGUUGUGCUGAGGUAUUCACCUUUAUUGGACAACUCGAGUUUUUCUACGAGCAAGCUCCUGACUCGAUGAGGAGUUUGUGUUCGGCCUUACAGCUCACUACAGUUGCACUUGGAAGCUAUUUGAGCUCGUUGCUUGUGACGAUUGUGACGAAUAUUACUACUAAAGGAGGUAAGCCAGGGUGGAUACCCGACAACUUGAAUCGUGGUCAAUUACAGAACUUUUUCUGGCUCUUAGCAAUUCUAAGCGUGUUAAAUUUUGGUGCUUUUCUGUUUAUUUCGACGUGGUACACCUACAAAAAGCCCGUCGGGACUAUAUCUAGGAAACUUAAGGAUGAUGACAUGUCUUCUGGAUAUCAUACGGUGGAACUAAGUAGAACACAAUAACAAUGUUGUAUCAAUUGUACGUCGUGUAUAGUAUCUAUCUUGCUUUGAAUUUAUUAUUUAAGUUUUUACUUUCA